AUGACUGGCGUGAAGGGAUCUUCGUCCCUGUACAACUUCUCCAACAUCAGGUAUGGCGAGCCGCCGGUGGGUGAUCUUCGAUUUGGCAAGAUCUCAACUCUUACAGAAGACCAAAAGCAGGCCCUCAAAGAGCCCUCAGAUCUGGAGAUACCGAAAGACCCUAGGGAGACAGAAGAUUGCCUCUUUCUCGACGUUGUCACACCCAUUGAGACCUUCGAAAGUCCAUUGAGGAAACUGGCACCGGUGGUAUUCUGGCUUUCAGGAGGUGGAUAUACGACUGGCGAAAAGGGUUGGUUCGACCCCGUGGGGCUCAUCAAGGCGAGCUACGCGUCGAGUUCGGAAGGCUUGGUCUUUGUUUCUGCAAACUAUCGACUUGGUGCUCUUGGAUGGCUUGCUGGCUCGAAACUCGACCGCGAGACGAUGGUAGCCAAUGCGGCACUUUACGACCAGAGACUGGCACUUGAAUGGAUUCAAGAGAAUAUCCAUCAGUUUGGUGGCGAUCCAACUCGUGUGACCAUCAUGGGCAAGUCAGCUGGAGGCGCCAGUAUUUAUCACCACCUGACCGCUUUCGGAGGCAAAGAUAAGAGAACAAUCUUCCAGCGGGCAAUCCCUCAGAGCACUGGCUGGGUUCAUAUCGCCAAUGACAAACUCGAGAAUGAUGUUAUCGACAAAUUCCUCGCUCUUGCAAAAGUCCCCGAUCUGGAAGCGGCUAGGAAACUGUCAACUGAAGAGCUAUUUGCAGAAGGGAGGCAUAUCCAGGAUGUAGAUCUGUUGAUUGGCUUCAACGAAGAUGAAGGACUGAUCUUCACAUCUCCUGAGGCAAACGACGAUGUUGGGUACCGCAAGUUCCUGGAGUCGACAUACUCGAAUGCUAGUCCUGAGACACUUGACCACAUCGAGACAAAGCUCUACCCACCAGUGUUUGACGGAAGCCACGGGUACACCAACCAAACAGGCCGUGCCUCUAUCACCAAGGCCGAGUCAGAGUUCACCUGCAAGUACGGAUUCCUACAGGCCGCGUAUGGAAACAGAGCCAAGAGCUACCGCUUCAACGUCUACCCCGGUCUCCAUGGUAGCGAGAUGCACUAUACGUUCUACAAUGGCCCGGAAAGGAACCCGGAGGUCGAUGAAGAUAUCGAUGUUGGGUUUCAAGAGCUUCUGACGAGUUUUGCGGCGACCGGGAACGCGACUUCGCUGGCCAUUCCUCAGGGGGCGCCGGUGUACGGGGAAGAGAGGCGUAUGCUUUAUAUCGGUAACGAGGGCUUCGGUAUCGCCACAGACGAGACUGUUCCAGAACGCUGCAAGUUCUGGCAGAGUGGGAUUUAUCUGUGA